CACAUUCACAUAUACACUCGGCUUCCCUUGUACACACUUUCUCUUCAGAAAAACACAGCUCCGACACAGAAAGGAAAAGGGAGGAAGGAAGUGAAGGCAGCAAUGUUGAUGGCAGCAACAGCAAGCUCCAGCACUGUCCUCAGACCAACCCCAUUUCUCGGCCAAACCAGGGGAGCAAACUCUAACCCUCUUAGAGAUGUUGUCCCUGUGGGAACUGGGAAAUACACCAUGGGGAAUGAGCUGUGGUAUGGACCUGACAGAGUGAAGUAUUUGGGACCCUUCUCAGCUCAGACUCCCUCAUACCUGACUGGAGAAUUUCCAGGAGACUAUGGAUGGGACACCGCUGGAUUGUCUGCUGAUCCUGAGGCCUUUGCCAGGAACAGGGCUCUUGAGGUGAUCCACGGGCGUUGGGCUAUGCUUGGAGCACUGGGCUGCAUCACCCCAGAAGUCCUUGAGAAGUGGCUUAAAGUGGACUUCAAAGAACCAAUCUGGUUCAAAGCUGGAGCUCAAAUCUUCUCCGAGGGCGGCCUGGACUACUUGGGCAACCCCAACCUUGUUCAUGCCCAGAGCAUUCUGGCUGUCCUCGGCUUCCAAGUUGUCCUCAUGGGUCUUGUUGAGGGCUUCCGCAUUAAUGGCCUUCCUGGAGUUGGAGAGGGCAACAACCUGUACCCUGGUGGACAAUACUUCGAUCCUCUUGGCCUCGCUGAUGACCCGGUCACAUUUGCUGAGCUCAAGGUCAAGGAAAUCAAGAAUGGACGGCUAGCCAUGUUCUCCAUGUUUGGCUUCUUUGUCCAAGCUAUUGUGACCGGAAAAGGCCCCCUAGAGAACCUCUUGGACCACCUUGACAACCCAGUUGCUAAUAACGCAUGGGUCUACGCCACCAAGUUUGUGCCUGGAUCUUAGACUGCUGGUCUUUGCUUCUUCACCUGUUUUGUGUAAACUCAUUGAGAACAGAACAUUCUGUGUUAGUAAGAUUCAAUGUAAUUUAUAAUUUAUGUUUCAGAUGGAACACUGCAUUUUCCGGUAAAUGAAAUAACUCUCAAACUCUUGUAA